AUGGAGAGUCGUUUCAUUUCACAGCGUCAUUCUGCAGCCAUUGACGUCGCUCGCAAAACUUCACGAGACAAGGGCGACGAAGAGGCACAGAUAUCAGCCAGCUCGUCGCUACUCAAACCAAGUGCUCAGUUGACCAUGGAUCGUUUCCUGCAGGACCUGGCCCACGCCGAACAGCCGCCCGUGGACUUUCCGCCCCAGUACCACACGGGUCGCGUCCCGAACAGCAAGGCAGGAGAUGGCAAACCACGACUCUUGCUUAUGGGGCAGAGAAGGAGCGGCAAGUCAUCGAUAUCAAGCGUCGUCUUCCACAAACUCCCACCAAGCGAGACACUGUACCUCGAGACUACGUACAGGAUCAAGAAGGAAUCUAUGCAUUCCUUCAUGGACUUCCAAGUAUGGGACUUGCCAGGCCAUCUAGACUACUUCGACCCAGCUUUCGACACUGACAACAUCUUUGAAGAGAUUGGGGCGCUCAUCUGGGUCAUUGACGCCCAGGAUGAAUAUCUCGACGCCAUCGCCCGAUUGAACAUGACCAUUCUCAAUCUGCAACAGUCGUAUCCCAACAUCAACAUUGAAGUCUUUGUGCACAAGGUCGACGGUCUCUCUGACGACUUCCGCGGUGAUACCUUCCGCGAUAUCAUCCAACGUGUCCAAGAUGAACUCUCAGAUCACGGCUACGAGCAAGCGCCCAUAUCCUUUUACCAAACUUCCAUCUACGACCACUCCAUCUUCGAAGCUUUUAGCAAAGUGAUCCAAAAGCUCAUCCCACAGCUACCCACCCUGGAAGCCCUGCUUAACAACCUUUGCGGGGCGUGUAACAUCGAAAAGGCUUAUCUCUUUGACAUCAUGAGCAAGAUCUACAUCGCGACGGAUACCAGCCCGACCGAUAUCGGGAGCUAUGAAAUUUGCUCCGACUAUAUUGAUGUGGUCAUAGACGUUAGCGAGAUCUAUGGCUGGGAUCGGCCCGAUGAGAUGGAAGACGAAACGGAAACGGGUAACAACGAUGCCGAGAGCCUGAUAACUAUGGAGAAGAAGAACAGCAGGUAUCUCUACCUGCGGGAGAUUAACAAAUAUCUCGCGCUAGUGUGCAUCAUGGGCCAGGACAAUCCAGCGGAGAAGAAAGCCAUUAUUGACUACAACGUUGGUGUCUUCCAAGCGGGACUCAAGCAAGUGUUCCCUAAGAGCGACAGAGAAGCACAGGUGGAGAUUCGUAAUAUCCACGACGGAGGCGAGCAAUGAUUGUAAUUCUGGGCCCUCCAUCAACCGGUCUAAGACAUCAGACAUCUUUCUAACCGGUUUCGGACCAGCGAGAAGCGAGAAAACUAUUUACAGUUGCAGUACACGGAGCUCAUAUGAAAAGCCUGGAUAAUACUCGUACAUCAAGAAGAUCACUAUAGGAAGUCAUUGGACCUAAUAAUACUAGUAGUAACGAGA